AUGGAGAAUGAGCGAGGAGAUAAAAAAAAAAAAGUCUCGAAAAUACCUGCGUGCUGGAUAAUUCUUGCAACCUCUCAAACCCACAUACUAUUCAUGUCCAAACAAACGACUCAUAUACAUAGAUUGAUAGCCGAUUAUCUUAAGGAAAACAACUACUUGGACACUUUAAGACAAUUUGAGAAUGAACAUGGAAAUCCAAUUCCUGCCACCAAAUUAUUGGAUGAAUCAUUAUCUGAUAUAAUCAAUGAUCGAAUUCAAUACAACACUCUUUUGGGCGAUAAUAAGGCCAAUGAAGGCGUAAUUAAUGUAAAUGAUGAGUUAUCAUCUGAAUUAAAACAGAUUAUUACUCAACAAUUUUCAAACUGGAUCACACCAUUUCCUCGUCAGCCUAGUAAAUUGAUUGAUAUUGAUGGAUUAGUGAUCAGUUCCUGCCAUGAUAAGGAUAAUGAGUUGAUAUAUUUGAGUAGCAACGAUUGUAAAGUUUAUGUUGUUAAACAGAACAAUAUUGUCCAUGUUUUGAAAACGCCGGUGGUUAUUAAGAAAAUAUUGGUUAUUGAUGAUAGUGAUAAAGUUGUGUUAGUAGGAAUGAAUGGAAUUCUAUAUCUAAGGGAAAAAGGUAAAUUACAAGAGAUCGAUCAAUUUCAAGCACACAAAAGGUUAAUUGUUGAUGCCAAAUCUAUUGUUUUUCGAAAUCAAAAGUACUUAAUCACAUUAGGUUGGGAUUUCCAUCUUCGAUUGAUUAUGCUUCAUUCAAAUAGGGGCGACAAGAACGAGGUGCAGAGAUUUGAACUAUGGUCUGAAUUGAAAUUACAACAACAGGGGUCAUGUUUAGAUGUAACAGUAUAUCAAGAUCAAUUGGUGAUUGUAUUAGGUAAAACAGAAAACACAUUAUUAGACGUUAUCACAAUGAGUGCAAACAAUUCCCAAGAGUUGACUCUAGUUCAUAAGAUUUCGUUAAAUGACGCCGAAUUCACUGCAGCUGGAUUUUCACCAAGGUGUUUAACAAUUGAAAAUUCUGGACAUGUACCAUUAAUUGCUGUGGGCACAUCCCAUGAACCAUAUAUGCGUUUAAUUAUUGUCCCCUUGCGAGAUCUUUCCCACGAACCUUCCAUCAAAAGAAAUCAAAUUAUAAAGAAUUUAAAUACCAUGUCUCCACAAGACAGAUACUCACAACCUAUAAUAGCAUGGAGAGUACAAACACCAGAUAACAACAAAGCAAGCGGAGUGUGGGUAAUGGGAGAUGAUGGGACAAUCAGAGGUAUUGAUAUAGUUGAAGAUCAAGUUAUUGUUGAACUCAAAGAUGGUCACCAAGGCAAAAUAAAAGACUUUAUUACUUUUAUUGAUGAGAAUUCAGUUGAAAAGUUAGUAACCAGUGGCAUAGAUAGAGAGAUUAUAACGUGGAAAUGA